AUGUCUACACCAUCAAACACUACAAACAACGUCCCUGGACAGACUCAACAACCACCGCCCCACCAACAACCACGCAACGAUGACGGAGAAAAUGACUGGAAGUCACUCAAGUUCCGGGCCAAUCUGGCUCCAAAAGUUAAGGCUGCCUGUGAAUCCCUCAAGGAGGACGGGUCUAAUUAUGUCGACUGGGAAUUUCGCUUAUCAAAUUAUGUCAAGAACAUUACUGCCACUCGGAACUGGCUUACUGACGCCACCAUAGGACGGGCCGACACUGUUGGAGAUGUUGUUGUUCAGCAAAUGAUACAACACACCAUACCAACUGAAACUGCUCGAAAGGUGGAAGACUGCAACAGUGCCUUUGAUUCUAUGUCCUACAUCAAGUCACUCUUCUUUUUCCCUAGUUGUAGUGCUCACACGUCAAUGUUCAAAUCUAUCAUCAACGUCAAACUAACGGACAACAUGGACAUCAAUGAAUACUUCAGAAUCAUUAGAUCAAAAUUCAGCGACAUUAAACGUGCUGGUUUUGUCUGGAAUGAAGACUCGGUGAUGGGAAUGAUCUUUCAGACCGGUGUUCCUACUGAUUAUACCAACAUCAACAUUACGCUCAAUGCCCGGCUUUGUACUAAUCCAACCUCAGUUAUCUCUGCUAAAGAAGUGGAAGAAGCGAUUCGAGCCGAGAAGCAUAACAAACCGGAUGAGAUUGAGAUGAAUCAAUUGAAUCUGAGCAAUACUAAUCAGCACUCACCAAUGAACAUCAACGUGCUCUCACGACAGCAACGAAUACCAACUCCACGUCUUUUGCCUCAACCCCAGGCCAUUCAACGAACUGUGAAUCAGUCUAAUUACCGACAACGUGCUAACCCGAACUUCAGACCGCUCGCACCCCAACAGCGUGUUUACACCAACAACAACGUAAAUGCUGCGGUUCCAAUGACUCGUACAAACGCUCCACCCAACACUCAAGCCAAUUACCAGGCUGGGCCAAAAAGCUACCAAUGUUUUGCUUGUGGCAGCGCUGACCAUUGGGUCCGGGCCUUCCCAUACUAUCUCGAUGCCAACAACAAUGAAUUCACUGUCGAACCUGAUGAUGCCUAUCCCUUGGACAAUGGACCUACCGGUGAAGAUGACAAACCAAAUGGCAUAUGGGCCUCUGAAAGUCAUCUAACUGAGGAAUGGGAUAACCCGGAUGAAGGAGUGAGUGACACUGGUGCCACUCACAUGAUUACAGGUGACCUUAGCAGGUUGACUGACAUUCAUGUGCUCCACAGACCGAUCCCAAUCUCCGUGGCAACGAAGAACAAUAAAGCUUUUGUUACGGCUAAAGGAACCCUGCAUAUUCGUGCAGACGACGGAUCGUCCAUUCCUAUCAAGAACACCUACUAUUCACCAGCAGCACAAUGCACCCUUAUUUUGAUUCCAGAAAUUGUGGAAUCGGGAGGAUCUUGGAAAGGGAGCAAUGGUGCGAUGAGGCUGAGUUUCCCAUGUGGACGGACGGCUAGUGCUGUGUAUAAGAAUAGGAAGUGGGUCUUUUAUGUAAUGAAAGCAAAAGCAGUAUGUCCAGUGCCUAGAUCACCAGUGCGAGGUGACAACGCCGCUCCUUGUGAGGCUCCUCCCCCUUCCCAGUGUGACCGUCCUGUUAUCCCGUUCCCCUAUAACGCCCGCCGUCUUCCCCACGCAAUCAACAAUACUCCAUAUCACACUUCUACGCCUACUCAUUGA